ACGUUUAGGUCUCCCUUGCAUACCUCCGUACCAAUCCAUAUCGGAAAGAGUAGGGGACAUCGACCGGAAAAAGGACGCCUUUUUGUUCCCCUCCUUUUUUUUUCCCCGUGGGGGAUUUCAGAUCCCUCCCCCGUCUUUUCUCCAGUGACAUACAAAUCCUCGCCUCGCCCCCGCUCGACCCCCAGACGCGGCCGAUCCCAAUCUCCCCUUGGUCGCGUUAUCGUGGCGUAGAGUUGAGCUUUUAGAAGCUGGCAACCAUGUUUAAUAGGCUCUUCGGAAAGCCCAAGGAGCAGGCCAAUGCUCUGACCACUCUCGAGAAGUUGCAUGAGACACUUGAAAUGCUCGAGAAAAAAGAGAAAGUUCUCGAGAAAAAAGUUGCUGCAGAAGUUGAAAAGGCCAAGGAAUUCACAAGAGCAAAGAACAAAAGAGCUGCAAUACAGUGUCUGAAGAGGAAAAGGCUCUAUGAGCAACAAAUGGAGCAACUUGGAAAUUUCCAAUUGAGGAUUCAUGAUCAGAUGAUAAUGCUAGAAGGUGCAAAAGCUACAACUGAAACUGUUGAUGCGUUGAGAACUGGGGCAGCAGCAAUGAAGGCUAUGCAGAAAGCAACUAACAUUGAUGAUGUAGACAAGACUAUGGAUGAAAUCAACGAGCAGACAGAGAACAUGAAGCAGAUCCAAGAAGCACUUUCCGCUCCUAUUGGAGCAGCAGCUGAUUUUGAUGAAGAUGAACUGGAAGCAGAACUUGAGGAGUUGGAGGGAGCUGAGUUGGAGGAACAACUUCUUCAACCUACUACAAUUGCUCCUGCUGCACCAGCACAGUAUGUUCCAGCAGGAAGACGGCCAACUCGCCCUGCUCCACAGAAAAAUACAGCUGAAGAGGAUGAACUUGCAGCACUACAAGCUGAAAUGGCUAUGUAGUCAGAUCUGAUUCUAGAGAUACACAGUACUGUACAAGUGGUUGGUUGUACUUUAUAAUGGAGUCUGCUCCAUAUUGCAACAUUACAUUUCUGGUGUGUAUACUUUUUGCAAAAUGUUAUUGGCAGAGAGAAAUGAUCAUUUAGUUAGCUUCUUAUUCUAUUUAUGGGUGCACUGUGCUCUCUCUUGUAAUCACACGUCUUUCAGGAACAUUUGUUUGUCGGCAUGAUCAUAUAUCUUUUCUAGCCUGUUCUAAAAUUAUCAAAACACAUGGAGUUGUUCAAAACAGCAACAGGUGUUGUUUGUGAACCCCUCGGGUGUGUGUUUAAAGCAGCCAAGGGUGUUCCUAGGUCAUCCUUCAACAUCUAGAUCAGAGGUCUUGUGGCUGUUCUUUGGUUCUUA